AUGCGGUUAAGGCUGGGCCUGCUCCAAAACACCGCUGCCCUCGAGAAGCAAGCUGCUCGUGAGGCGGCUGAAGCACACGCCAAGAAGAUAAAACUCCAAACACCGACGGUCAAGACGGAGGCCCAGACAAAGGCGGAUGAGUUGCUCAAGGCAAAGGAGAAAGCAGGAGGUGCCGCCGUUAAGACUCCGCCCAUCCCUCGGAUUCGGCCGCUGUCUGAAGGCAAAGCAAUCGACAUGGGAGCAAACUUCAUCAGCGAGACAUUCUUGUUCCUUGUUGGAGGCGGACUGAUCAUCUUCGAGUCACUCCGAUCCCGACGGAAGGAAACGUCACGGCGGGAGGAUGUUGCCGACCGUCUAGCGGAGCUAGAAGAGUCGGAGAAUGCUGCACGCGCUGCUUUGAUCGUUCUGGAGAAAGAGGUUCUCCGGCUGCAGUCCCAGCUUGAGAAGCGCCCUGUUAAAGAAUUAAAGCGGGUUCUGCCGAAGGAAAUAUGGCAGGUUGAGGAAGAGCCGGAGCCAGAACCAGAGCCUUCGCUACUCACAACCAUCUCUUCCUAUUUCCAGUGGCCAAAAACAGCCAGCAAUACUCCUACUACUGUUGCUGCUGUUCCACCCGAACCGCAAGCAUCCCAACAGGCUCCAACCCAAGCUCCAUCGCAGCCCGAUGCAACCUCUUCAACCACACCUCAACCGAAGAAACAAGUUUAA